AUGGAAAAUAAUAAUAAUAAUAAUAAUAAUAAUAAUAGUGAUGACGACGGCGAUGAUUUUCCAUUCAACGGUUUAUUUUCUCCGAUUGAAAAAAUUUUUGCUGAUUUCGAUCGAUUUUUUUCUGGCUUUUCAACAGUAUUUUCGGUACCUCCACAAGACUUUAACAAUAAUAAUUCUCAAACAUCAACAAGUUUAAGAGAUGAGGUUCUCAAAAAAGAUAUUCAAAAUAAUCAUUAUGGUGAUGAAAAUCUUGAUUCUACUAUUGAAGAACAUGGUAUUAAUGGAGCAUUUUCAAGAACAGUUUCAAGUUCAUCAAUGAUGACAACGAUGAAACGAGAAACAACACCAUCGAGAAGAUGUGUCAUCGAAAGAAAAAGUCAACAUUCAUCAAAUCAAAAUAAAAAUAGCAAAACUGAAACUAUAAGUAAAAUAUGUGGAGAUAAAUAUCAUACAACAAUAAAGCAAGAUGGAAAAAUAAUUCGAGAGUAUGGAAAUUCAACAAUAGAUGAAUUAGAUCAAAUUGAUUCAACACCGAAUGAUAAUAAUAAUGAUCAGCCGAUUGUUGCUGGAAAAAGACAUUCAGACUUUUUUAAAAAACUUUUCUCAUAA